AUGCCAACUCUCGUCGGCGUUUGUGUGAUUGCCCAGUCGACCGGACCAAUCACGACUGGCCAGAGUGCCGAUUGCACUUCCUCGCCCACUGCCUCCUCGGGCCAAGUCUGGCCUCGCCGAAAUCUACCACCUGCACCCUCACACACACACACACACAUGCACACACAUGCACACACACACAUGCACACACGGGCCGAUGGAGAGACGGAGAGAGGGACAGGCGUGCAAUGGAAUGAGCGACAGGAGGAGAUUAAAUGCCAUCCAGCCUGA